AUGGAUGAGAAUAAUCCAUUGUUAGCUUUGGCUGAUCUCUCCAGGCUCCUUUUGAUGGCUAUGAUUUGGGUGGCCGGAAUUGUGUUAUUCGUCAACAUCCGAGUGUCAACGGUGUACGAUGCUUUCUAUACGUCGUCUGUGACGGCAGGCGCCGCUGUGUUCGACGGGUCAUUCGCCAAAGCAAUGGUAGCCGCCUUCAAUGGCAGCAUAACCUAUCAGAUCCUCGCUUUCUCCAACACGUUUGUGACGAAUACACAGUUUUCGGUCAGGUCAACGCCCGUCUCUUGUGCUGCGCAAUACGAUUCAUAUAUCUUCCCGGGAGCGAUGUGGUCCUUGAACGUAACCCUUCCAGCCAACUCUUCCGAUGAGACUGUUGUCAAGAUUGAAAACUCUCCGGCUAUCCAAAUCGAUUUUAAUCAGAGCAUCGCCAACGGAGACAGCUUCUUGCCACAUGAUUGUACCGUCUAUGGCGAGGAUGGAAGCAACGUCGGCAUCGAACUGUGCUUGGCAAAGAGCAAGGUAUCCAGUGGAUGGAUGAUUGCAGGUGUGACCGUAUGCACGCAAGUGCUGGAUGGUAGCUGCCUCUCGUUCGCAAGGGAUCCACUCCAAAUCAAUACUACCUUCUCGCUCUACAGCCUCACGGCUUCGACCGCUUGUAUGAGGAGCAACAACAGCAUCAUAUCAGUCACCCACAUUGGCGAGCCUACGUUGCAAGACAUCGACAUGGACGGGCUUUCUCUGGCGCUGGGUUGGCUGCUGAACUACACAGCCCAGGGGAUACCUGCCAUGGCAUCCCUUGUCUUCAUGUUCUCAAAUGGGGAUACCGACCCCAACGACCGCCACGACUGGUCAACUGCCAGCGACUUGUCGCUGAAAAGUAUACUGGCCUUUUCAGUCUGGCUGUUCAGCGUCAAUAACGGCGGGGACCCCUUGAAGCCUACCCGCCGGCUCCCUUCUGAGUUCGAAACGUCCGCUUCGCUCUGCAGACCAUUGGAGAAGGUCAUCGUCGACCGAGGGGCGUUUAUCGCCUACAUUGUCCUGCAAAGCACUGUCCUCCUGUUCUUUUGGAUUGUCGUGAUCUGGCGCUGGACCCAAACAACUCUGCUCCAGGAAUCGUCGUCUUACCCAUUGGUCGACUUUGCGGCCAAGUUUGUCCGGAAUGAGGUAGUCGCGCAGCCGGACCAGAUUUGGGAGGUUGAAAAGGACUUUCUCAGGGAUGCCGGGAGCAGCGAUGUCAUUGAGGUUCUGAUGGACGCACGAGUAGUACGUCAAGGCUGA